AUGUUUCCAGCUUUCCUUCUCCAAGCUUGGUCGCUGUCUUUGGUUUCAAUGAAGGCUUGCAGGCCUUUGAUGCUGCAAUGGGUAAGUGAGAAUGUGGUGCUCAGCGAGUUCGAAGGUUUCAACCUCAUGCCAAGAAUUGUGGCAGCAAAGCUCGAAGAGCCGUAUAUCAGAGCUGAAGUUUGUCACUGCUGGUUGUCUGGAUGUGCGCUCACUUUUUUACUUGUUGCUGCCGCAGUUGCUAGAGCAAAAUUGCUCAGGCAUGGUGCUGCGGAUAGUCUCUCAGUUAUAGAACUUGUUGGACAUUGUUUGAAACCGCCUUUCCAGUUGUUGAACACCAGUUGUUGA